ACUUACACAAGAACAUCCCGCCGUCCGCUCGCCGCAACGAUACUCAACACCUCGACGCUGCGCGAAAACUGCCGGCACGCCCUAUACGGGGGACGCGAGAUUGGCAAUGGCCGUACAGUCAAAGCCAGCCCCAAUUGGGCCCUGGGGCAAAGCGACGGCCGGUGCAGCGGGCGCGGUUCUCGCCAAUGCGCUCGUAUACCCUCUCGAUCUCGUCAAGACAAAGCUCCAGGUUCAGGUGAAGCCCAGCGACACAGCAAAGACAGACGUGCGGUCCGACGAGGCGCACUAUAAGUCAACAUGGGACGCCAUUAGCAAGAUCGCUUCUUCCGAGGGUAUCUCGGGGCUGUACGCUGGCAUGGGUGGCUCCCUAAUCGGCGUUGCCUCCACGAACUUCGCCUACUUCUACUGGUACUCGGUCGUCCGCACCGUGUACUGGAAGUACGCGAAGGGAAGCCGCCAGCCGUCGACCGUUGUGGAGCUGUCUCUCGGCGCGGUCGCCGGCGCGCUCGCGCAGCUCUUUACAAUACCCGUUGCCGUCAUCACGACCCGGCAACAAACGCAGAGCAAGGAGGAGAGGAAGGGCAUCAUCGACACCGCGCGCGAGGUCAUCGACGGCGAGGACGGCAUCUGGGGGCUUUGGAGAGGGCUGAAGGCGAGCCUGGUGCUGGUGAUCAACCCGUCCAUCACUUACGGCGCAUACGAGAGGUUGAAGGACGUCCUCUUCCCGGGGAAGAAGAACCUCUCGCCCUGGGAGGCAUUCGCACUCGGCGCCAUGUCCAAGGCCCUUGCAACCAUCGCUACACAGCCCCUGAUUGUGGCAAAGGUCGGCUUGCAGUCGAAGCCGCCGGCAGCACGCCAGGGAAAGCCGUUCAAGAGCUUCGUCGAAGUCAUGCAGUUCAUCAUCGAGAACGAAGGGCCACGAAGCCUGUUCAAGGGUAUCGGGCCGCAGAUUCUCAAGGGCUUGCUUGUUCAGGGCAUCCUGAUGAUGACCAAGGAGCGUGUCGAACUCAUGUUUGUCUUGUUUAUCCGCUAUCUCCAGGCCGUACGGUCGCGGCAGCUUCGGAGAUCCGGCGACCUGGCGGCUGCGGCGAAACUGGUGGCACCCAUGACUGUCAAAUAGAGGACGGCCAAAAUUCAGUGGGUAGUGAGGGCGGCAUCUGUACAUGGGCAACGCACAUAGAUUCUUCUUUUGGGUAUAAUGAGCACCUUUCGCAUGAGUGGAUGUUGAAUCUGUCGAAGCUCUCCCAGUAGCAAGCGGCUUGAUCAUGGGGUUUGUUACACAGUACAUCCCCUGUUGCAUCACGGUAAAUUACGGAUACUGUGUGGAAAGCUUG